UGUCCCAUGAAAGUUCUUUAUGCCGAGCAAUUCACAUAGUGAGCAACCUGAAAGCAAAGGGAAAGAUAUUUCACUUGCUCACCAAGUAUCUGCACUGGGAUGAGGAGCCUCCGGGAAACAUCUACAAUGCUAUCACCAGCACCCUGAAGUCUUUUCUGGAAGACAGCAGUCUGAGGUUCCUGGAGAACAGCUGGUAUGGUUAUGAUCUCUGCCCUGCUACCUGGAACUACAUCUUCAGCCUGGAUCUUCUGUGUGCACAACUGGGCUGGACUUGGACCAUUACCAAUAUUAUACGGAAGUGGUAGCUCAGUGGUGAAGGUCAGGGGUUCAAGCCCCAGGAUCACCAAGUUCCAUUCAUGGCUGACCCAGUGCUCUGCCCCCGGCUUUCUAUCAUCACUGGGGAAGGAUCUUUGGCUGAUCCUGAACACUUGGCUGAGGCAAGCAAGAACAGAGCAAACACCGUUCCGAGACGUCUGUGUAGCAGCAGUUUUCAGGCUACUUGGGCGACUUGGUCAACUAGGACUUAAGGAGAACCUGCUAAUGUCAUUUGAAAAUCUGGCAAAAAGCAUAAAUCAGUUUGGAAUGCAAAACUUCUCAAAAGGUAUGCCAUGGGAAGUGCAGCUCUCAGUCAUCUAUGCCACUCAUGAUCUGGCACCCAGCAACCCUGAAGCAGCUCUGAAGACAUUGGAAUCAUGGAGGAAAAACAGCACACAGCCCGUUCCCCCAGCCGUCAUCAAAUGCAUUACGCAAAUCAGCUUCCUUUGUCAUCAGACCAAGUCACAAAACUCUAAGAAACUACUGUAGUGAUUAUUAUAGUGAGCACUGCAUCCCCCAGGUCUGUAUCCUCAGUCACCAGCUGUUCACACUGUGAAUCAUGACUGUGCUGCAAUGCA